GGAGCAUCGUGUCGGGGGAGGGGUCUGCACUGCCGCUGCAAUCUGUGUUGUUUGGGGGUCUGUGGUUGGGGAUGAAUGAGGGGGAAGGGAGUCGCAGUGGGCUCCACAUCCCCACGGUGCCUGGUUUCGGGGGGUCGUGCCGAGGUUUGCGCCCCGGCGGUGCAGGGCUUGGGGCCCUGAGUGACACAUUACACACAGAGGGGUGGGCUGUGCGUGCAGCGGAGGGGAGAUGCCUGCGUCAGGCACAGCGCUGCAGAGCAGCAAGGGGGGCAUCGCUUCGGAGCUGGGUGAGGGACCCCGAGGCCCUGCGAGAUUUAAAGGAACGGCUGCAGAGCUGGGGGCACCGCAGGUACCACGGUGCCGUGGGCAGGCAGGGGGGCAUCACCACCCUGCUGGGGUCGGGUCCCGGUGCCAAGGCUGUUGUGAAAUCCACAGCUCAACACCAAGAAGCGGCGUUCAGCAGGCGUGGGGCUGAGGGGAGGUGUUCCCAUGGUGCUGCCCCAUAGCGCAGCCUGGGAUGCAGCGCGGUGCCGUUGCUCAGCGGAGCCAGGCGGCGCGGUGCAGGGCUGUGUGUGCCAUGCAGCCCCGUGGCACCGAUGGUUUGCUCUUCAUUCAUUGGGAUUCCUAGAAUCUACAUCGAGGAGCAGCCUGCUGUGUGUUCCAGCAGGCAGGACAGGACGUGCAGGGGGUGAUUUGGUGGGGGUGAGAGCACCGGGGGGCUGCAGUGCUGAGAGCACACCUGUGGGCCGGACCCACAUUUACUGACGGGGAACAGCAGCACAGGGACGCAGAGAUCUGCGUUGUGGUGCACGGCCAAUUCUUUAGGCUGUUUUAUUUCAGUGCCAGUAGAGAAAUAAACUCCUAACCAGGAUGUGGGGUUACGUUGCCCCGUUCUGCAUCCCCCAUGCAGCUCCAUGUCGGGACGCAGCCCCGCUCGGUGCAGCCAACGUGCCAUGGAGAUGAAAUCACGCUGGGCAGCGGUGCAGAAACAUUGGGUGCAGCUGCCUGGUUUGGCGUUGCAGGCAAUUUGUCUCACUGGAAAUGAAUCUUUCCUCCCAGGGCAGGGAGAGCACGAGGGCCGUGUGUCUUUCUGUGUGCUUUGGGCCUUCUGGCUCCGAUGUCCUGCUGUCCUGCAAGGGCCCAUCCACGGACUCUCCGAUCUGUCCCCAAACGCGCUGUGUUGUCCCCAUAGCUUUCCCCAUCCCCACAAACAUCGCAGUGCCACCUCACAGCACUGGGAGCACCGUGGGAGCCGGGAUGUCACUGCUGCUGUCACCCUCCCCCCCACAUCCUUUGGCAGUUUGGGAUGGCGAUGGGGCCGGGGUGGCUGCGGGGAUGCUGCGCUCAGUGUCCCCACACACAGUGGCUCUGGAGAUGCUGACUGCAAUUUUCCACUCCAUUUUUGGUAAAAAUGUACCAAGCUCACAUUAGUGCUGGAGGCACUGCCGGCAGCACGGGCUGGAGCACAGCCUCGGCUCCUGCCACUGGGAACUCCUGCUUUUGUGCCCGGGAGGCCGGGAAGCAGCUGGGUUUGAGCAUCGGCAGCGCGGUGGUGCAAGAUGGUUGUUGCAGCGCGAGGGUGGAGCGCGCGGAAACAGGAAACAGCAGCCUCUGCCUGUGUCACCAUUACUGGAACUCGCUUAGCCGAAGCUGCCGAAGCAGCAACAGGAAGAGCCUGGUGGUGGGGACUCCAUCUCCAACCCUCUCGCGCCCUCUCUCCCCGCUCUCAGUGCCCACAGCUGGGAGCAGCCCCUUGGACAGCCCUCGCAACUUCUCCGCCAGCACCUCCAUCAACUUCCCCUUCGCCCGCAGCCACGCUCCUCGGACUGACAGGGCCGAUGGCAGAAGGUGGUCACUGGCUUCGCUCCCCUCAUCUGGCUAUGGGACCAACACCCCCAGCUCCACCGUCUCGUCGUCCUCGUCCUCCCAGGAGCGGCUGCACCAGCUGCCAUACCAGCCCACCCCCGAUGAGCUGCAUUUCCUCUCCAAACACUUCCGCAGCACUGAGAGCGUCACGGAUGAGGAGGGGCGGCACUCGCCCUGUCUGCGCCCACGAUCCCGGAGCCUGAGCCCUGGGCGGACGAGUGGAACAUUUGAUAACGAGGUCGUGAUGAUGAACCAUGUCUACAAGGAGCGGUUCCCCAAGGCUACAGCCCAGAUGGAGGAGCGUCUGCAGGACACGAUCAGGAACUUCUCUUCCAGCAGCACUCUGCCUCUGGCCGACGGGGUGCUGGGCUUCAUCCACCACCAGAUCAUCGAGCUGGCUCGCGACUGCUUGGCCAAAUCCCAGGGGGCCCUCAUCACUUCUCGCUACUUCAUGGAGCUGCAGGAGAAGCUCGAGAAGAUGCUGAGAGACGCUCAGGAGCGUUCGGAGAGUGAGGAAGUGAAGUUCAUUGACCAGCUGGUGAGGAAGCUGCUGAUAAUCAUCUCCCGUCCUGCUCGCCUUCUGGAGUGCCUGGAGUUUGACCCUGAGGAGUUCUACCAUCUCCUGGAAGCUGCUGAGGGCCACGCCAAAGUUGGUCAGGGCAUAAAGACCGACAUUCCCCGCUACAUCAUCAGCCAGCUGGGGCUCGUCAAGGACCCUCUGGAGGAGAUGGUCCAGCUGGACCACUUUGACAGUGGGAACACCAUCACCCCUGAGAACGACGAUGCCUGUGAGAGCCAGCAGUCGGUCAGUGCUCCUCGGAGGAAGCCCUGUGAGGGCGACUUUGAGACCAUCAAGCUGAUCAGCAACGGAGCCUAUGGGGCCGUGUACCUGGUGAGGCACAGGGAGACGCGGCAGCGCUUUGCCUUGAAGAAGAUCAACAAGCAGAACCUCAUCCUGCGCAACCAGAUCCAGCAGGUGUUUGUGGAGAGGGACAUCCUCACUUUCGCAGAGAACCCCUUUGUGGUCAGCAUGUUCUGCUCCUUCGAGACGAAGCGACACCUCUGUAUGGUGAUGGAGUAUGUGGAAGGUGGGGAUUGUGCCACAUUGCUGAAGAACAUGGGCCCGCUGCCCGUGGACAUGGCGAAGAUGUACUUUGCUGAGACUGUGCUGGCCCUGGAAUAUCUCCAUAACUACGGCAUUGUGCACCGCGACCUCAAACCUGACAACCUGCUCAUCACCUCCAUGGGCCACAUAAAGCUGACAGACUUUGGGCUGUCCAAGAUUGGCCUGAUGAAUAUGACCACCAACCUCUACGAGGGGCACAUGGAGAAGGACACCAGGGAGUUCAUGGACAAGCAGGUGUGCGGCACCCCAGAGUACAUCGCGCCCGAAGUCAUCCUCAUCCAGGGCUACGGGAAGCCUGUCGACUGGUGGGCCAUGGGCAUCAUCCUGUAUGAGUUCCUUGUGGGCUGUGUCCCCUUCUUUGGGGACACCCCCGAGGAGCUCUUCGGGCAGGUGAUCAGCGAUGAAAUCAUGUGGCCAGAGGGUGAUGAGGCUCUUCCUGCUGAUGCUCAGGACCUGAUCACACGGCUGCUGAGGCAGUGCCCGCUCGAGCGCCUGGGCACCGGGGGUGCGCACGAGGUGAAGCACCAUGCCUUCUUCCUCCACCUGGACUGGAACGGGCUUCUGCGGCAGAAAGCGGAGUUCAUCCCACAGCUGGAGUCAGAGGACGACACCAGCUACUUCGACACUCGAUCCGAGAGGUACCGGCACUUGGAUUCGGAAGACGAAGAGACCAACGAUGAGGAAUCAUCUGUAGAGAUUGGCCAGUUCUCCUCCUGCUCCCACCGCUUCAGCAAGGUGUACAGCAGCUCCGAGUACCUGGCCACGCACUCCAACCUCAGCCUCUCAUCCUCUGACCGGAGCCACAGCGAGGACAAGGAGGACAGGGCAGAGCGGUGGGACCGCCACUCGGGUGACGAGGACAAGAACCGGCCAUCGGGCGCAGAGCCCCGGCUGCGGUCCUGGACAUCCUGCAGCUCCACACCGUACACUGCCCAGCACGAGCGCAGCCGCAGCCCUGCUGCCCUGACCAGCACCUACAGCCUGGACACCAUGCCCAAGUUUGCCUUCUCCUCAGAAGAUGAAAGCCCUUGUGUGGCCUCAGCCAAGCCGGAGCGACCCAAAUUUGUGCUGGGAGACCCUGACUCUGGAGUGAAGACCUCAUCGCUAUCUGCUGAUCUCGUCAGUCUGAACCGCAUCCGCCUGCGGAGCAACAGCACGGGCACCAAGAACUCAGCUCCACGAGGCUUGGAGCCAGGCAGCAGCCGCCGGCUGAGCAGCCAGAGGGAUGGCGUGGAGAAGCCAAGAGCUUCACCGGGCAGCCGAGUGCCCAAAUCCGCUUCUGUCUCAGCCUUGUCCCUCAUCAUCACAUCAGAUGACUUCAGCAGCGGCGCCCUCAUGAGUCCCAUCUCCCCUCACUCGCUUUCAUCCAACCCCUCUUCCCGCGACUCGUCCCCGAGCCGGGAUUCCUCCCUGGCCAUCACCAGCCUGAGGCCCCCCAUCAUCAUCCACAGCUCAGGAAAGAAGUACGGCUUCACGCUGCGUGCCAUCCGCGUGUACAUGGGGGACAGUGACGUCUACACUGUGCACCACAUGGUCUGGAGCGUGGAAGAAGGGAGUCCUGCACAGGAAGCAGGGCUGAGAGCGGGUGAUCUCAUCACACACGUGAAUGGGGAGUCAGUGCUGGGCCUGGUGCACCGGGACGUCGUGGAGCUGCUGCUGAAGAGCGGCAAUAAGGUCGCCCUGCGGACCACCGCCCUGGAGAACACCUCCAUUAAAAUUGGCCCUGCCCGGAAAAACAGCUCCAAGACAAGGAUGGCCCGAAGGAGCAAGAAGAGCAGGAAAAGGGACAGCCAGGACAGGAGGAAAUCCCUUUUCAAGAAGAUCUCCAAGCAGUCAACGGUCCUGCACACCAGCCGCAGCUUCUCCUCCGGCCUCCACCACUCGCUGUCAUCGAGUGAGAGUCUCCCAGAGUCCCCUACGCACAGCCUGUCACCAGGUCCCACGACGCCCUGCCGCAGCCCCGCUCCAGACCUGCCCCCAGAUGCGGUGUCCCCACAGAGCACCUCUCCCUCCUCCAGCACCCCCACGUCUCCAGCUGGCCACGUGCGGCCCAGCACCCUGCACGGGCUGGCCCCCAAGCUGGGCGGUCAGCGCUACAAGGUGGGACGCCGCAAGUCCACCAGCAGCAUCCCACCCUCACCCCUGGCCUGCACACCUACCUGUGCCCCGCGACCCACGUCCCCGCAGAGAUCCCCAUCCCCGCUGCUGCCCGGACACCCCAAAACCACCCAUCCCUUCCAAGGCAAGACGCUGUCCCCCCCCACCAUUGUGCGGCAGGGGCCGCGGCCACGCAGCGCCGAGUGCCCCCGCUCACCCCUCCUCAAGCGCGUGCAGUCAGCAGAGAAGAUGGCAACCUACCUGGCGGAGAAGAAGAGCGUGGGCAGCCGCAAGCUGGGACCGGAGAUGCCUGCACGGGAUGGGACUGGGGAGGUGUUUGGGGAGGGCGAAGCGCCCGGCUCGGUGCACUGCGGGGAGCACGGCCAUAUGGCAGCCUGGAGGCAGGGAGAGCAGGAGAUGGUGGUGAUGCGGCGCCUGAACCUCUCUGAGCGCCGCGACUCCUUCAAGAAGCAGGAGGCUGUACAAGAAGUCAGCUUCGAUGAGCCGGGCAGCGAGGACGGUGCCAAGGGCGACACGGGGCAGGGCCAGGGCCGCGUGGAGCCCAGGGUCGGCCGGGUGCCGCAGAUCGCGGUGCAGGGCUCAGAGGGCGACGAGCAGGAGCCGGUGGGCUGGCAGUGCCAGGGCUCCUACCCGCUGCACCUGCUGGGCACCGAUGGCACUGCUGGCAUCGCUGUGCCGUGGCGGGACGGCCGCCGGCAGCACCGGACCUGUGGGGACAGGGCCCCCCCGGGGCUGUCAGCACGGGACAUCCCCUAAAAGGGACCCUGGGCACACGUGGCUCCGUGGGAUUUAACGCACUGCGACCUGGAGGUGUGACUUCUGUGCUCCCGGAGAGAUGCUCACGUUUUUGCAGUGGUGUUCCCCUGGUGAGGCCCACGCUGAAAAGAAAGGACUCGAUGCAAAUACUCUGAACUACUCCAAACUAAUUUAUUACUUUUAUAAGCUAAAAGGCAUUGCAGGGUCCGAGCCGUCCCAACCUUUUCUGUGCAUUUCCCAGCUCCUGUCCCAAUGGCACGAUGUUUUCUAACCAGCUUUUUUCCACAUUUGCUCACUUUCAGCUGGAAAAGCACCCAAAAGGGUGUUAUAAGGCGGUUUUCUGGAUAGCACUGAAGCUGAGGGUUCCCCUCUGUAGACAGGGGGUUGGACUACAUGAUCUCAGUGGUCUUUUCCAACCUUUAUGAUUCUAUGAUUUGCAUUCAGGAUCGCCUCCGUCCCCAUAAAUCCCCCUGGUGCCUCCCUACUCUGGAGGAAAAUGCUCCAAACCCCAGCAUCCCGGUGGGCAACACGGCAGGGCCACACGCUUUGUUUUAUUAACAUGCAAAGGAUGGAGAGGUUUAAAUUUUUUUAAUUAUGUUUCCUUCUGAGAAAGACCCAAACCACUGAGCCCACCCUAUUGGUGUUCCCGAGUGGGAUUGGGCUGGGGAGGAGAAGCUCACCCAGCCCCACCAUGCUGGGGGCUCAGCAAUGUAACACAAAUAAUGGCAUUUUUAGGUUUACUUUUCAAUCAGCUGUGAUGUAUCUUUGGGCAUGCGCAGGUGCAUUUUGUGAAAAACCACUAUUUCCUUUUUGUUUUUUUAAACACAAACCCCACACCAACCCGCCCAGUUCUUCCAUCAACCACCAAACCCCACAAACCCCGUUCCUGGCAGGAUUCUGGCGGCUCAUUUCUGACUGGAUUUGCUGGGCCCGAUCCCGACUGGAUUCUCAGCACACGUGAGGCCUUUCCCACAGCAUUCCCGCUCAUUUGACCUCACGGUGCUCCGCUUUGGCCUCGCAAAGGGUUUUUUUAACAGAAAAAGCGGCGAAAGCAAACAGGGCCUUGCCUUGGGAAGGGCCGAGCACCGGCCUUGCUGUCAGCAUUGCGGAGUUUUACGCGGCAUUAAAUUGUUCCUUGGGA